AUGGAGGUGGAAGAAGAGUCAACCAAUUCUGAAGAAGUGCAGGUGGAUGCUGCUGGCAGUGAAGAGGAGUCAGAUAAUGCCUUGUCCAAUGGGAACCUCACAACACCUAAAAGGGGAACGGGUAGGCCGUCCAAAAAUGGAUCAGUCUCCAAGUCCCAUAAAUCCUUGUCUAAUGGUAACCCCUCAACACCUAAGAGAGGUAGGCCUAAAGGAUCUGUUUCAAAGUUAGGUGCUAGCCCCAUGACACCUAAGAGAGGUAGGCCUGAAGGAUCCGUGUUUACGAAAAUCAAGGUGAUAGGCAAGCUGCCGCGAGGCCGACCCCGAAAACCAGGAAGGCCUCGUAUCUAUCCACGCGAUGAUCCUCCAGUCACUGCGCCUAGGGAAAGAGGUCGCCCACGCAAGACUGAGGAUGCCACCAAGCCCCCCAUCUAUGAUGUUCCCCCACGGAAAAGGGGCCGUCCCCCUAGUGCAGCAAACAAGGUUAAGGGGGAGGCAGAGCAGGAUAAGGCCAACAGUGAACCUCCAGUCAAAUGCUCCUUCCACUCCAAUGAAAGAAGCGAGGAAGUAGGAUUUCCACCAGUAGAAGAAAGUGAUCAGGAAGAUGAAACUGGGAGGGUGGAUGAAGAAAGUGAAAAGUGGAAGGUGGAAGAAUAUAGAGAAGACCCCAAGAAGCCAGUUACCCCCAGUGACCGCACUAGCUUUCUCUGUGCUAGCCCCAUAACACCUAAGAGAGGUAGGCCUAAAGGAUCAGUCUCCAAGUUAGGUGCAAGCCCCAUAACACCUAAGAGAGGUAGGCCUAAAGGAUCCGUUUCCAAGUUAGGUGCAAGCCCCAUAACACCUAAGAGAGGUAGGCCUGAAGGAUCCGUUUCCAAGUUAGGUGCAAGCCCCAUAACACCUAAGAGAGGUAGGCCUGAAGGAUCCGUUUCCAAGUUAGGUGCAAGCCCCAUAACACCUAAGAGAGGUAGGCCUAAAGGAUCAGUUUCCAAGUUAGGUGCUAGCCCCAUGACACCUAAGAGAGGUAGGCCUAAAGGAUCAGUUUCCAAGUUGGGUUUUAGCCCCAUAACACUGAAGAGGGGUAGGCCUAAAGGAUCAGUGUUUACGCAACCCAAGAUGCUGAAGGUGAUGGGCAAGCUGUCGCGAGGCCGACCCCGAGAAAUGGUUGACCCUUCCUCUAAGUGUCGCCGGCCCAGUAAAGUUGAAUUGAAAAGGGGUAGGCCAAAGAAGAUCCUAACACCAGAUGAAGAAGAGCUAAAGAAACUGGAAAACCAACCAAGAAGGCCAAGCGGAAGGCCGCGUAUCUAUCUCUGCGAUGAUCCUCCAGUCACUGAGCCUAGGGGAAGAGGCCGCCCACGCAAGACUGAGGAUGCCACCAAGCCCCCCGUCUAUGAUGUUACCCCACGGAAAAGGGGCCGUCCCCCUAGUGCAGCAAACAAGGUUAAGGGGGAGGCAGAGCAGGAUAAGGCCAACAGUGAACCUCCAGUCAAACGCUCCUUCCACUCCAAAGAAAGAAGCAAGGAAGUAGGAUUUCCACCAGUAGAAGAAAGUGAUCAGGAAGAUGAAACUGGGAAGGUGGAAGAAUAUAGAGAAGACCCCAAGAAGCCAGUUACCCCCAGUGACCGCACUAGCUUUCUCUGUGCUAGCCCCAUAACACCUAAGAGAGGUAGGCCUAAAGGAUCCGUUUCCAAGUUAGGUGCAAGCCCCAUAACACCUAAGAGAGGUAGGCCUAAAGGAUCCGUUUCCAAGUUAGGUGCAAGCCCCAUAACACCUAAGAGAGGUAGGCCUAAAGGAUCAGUUUCCAAGUUAGGUGCUAGCCCCAUGACACCUAAGAGAGGUAGGCCUAAAGGAUCAGUUUCCAAGUUGGGUUUUAGCCCCAUAACACCUAAGAGAGGUAGGCCUAAAGGAUCAGUUUCCAAGUUGGGUUUUAGCCCCAUAACACCUAAGAGAGGUAGGCCUAAAGGAUCAGUUUCCAAGUUGGGUUUUAGCCCCAUAACACCUAAGAGAGGUAGGCCUAAAGGAUCAGUUUCCAAGUUGGGUUUUAGCCCCAUAACACCUAAGAGAGGUAGGCCUAAAGGAUCCGUUUCCAAGUUAGGUGCAAGCCCCAUAACACCUAAGAGAGGUAGGCCUAAAGGAUCCGUUUCCAAGUUAGGUGCAAGCCCCAUAACACCUAAGAGAGGUAGGCCUAAAGGAUCAGUUUCCAAGUUAGGUGCAAGCCCCAUAACACCUAAGAGAGGUAGGCCUAAAGGAUCAGUUUCCAAGUUAGGUGCAAGCCCCAUAACACCUAAGAGAGGUAGGCCUGAAGGAUCCGUUUCCAAGUUAGGUGCUAGCCCCAUGACACCUAAGAGAGGUAGGCCUAAAGGAUCAGUGUUUACGCAACCCAAGAUGAUUGGCAAGCCGCUGCAUAGCCAACAGCGAAAACCAGUUGACCCCUCCCCUAAUAAGCGUGGCCGGCCCAGUAAAGUUGAAUCGAAAAGGGGUAGGCCAAAGAAGAGCCUAACACCCAAGCUGGAAGAGAAUAGAAAAAAAGAAGAAAGCCAACCAAGGCGGCCCCUCGGAAGGCCGCGUAUCCAUCUCUGCGAUGAUCCUCCAGUCACUGAGCCUAGGGAAAGAGGCAGCCCACACAAGACGGAGGAUGCCACCAAGCCCCCCGUCUAUGAUGGUCCCCCUAGUGCAGCAGACAAGGUUGAGGGGGAGGCAGAGCAGGAUAAGGCCAACGGUGAACCUCCAGAGGAAGCAGGAUUUCCACCAGUGGAAGAAAGUGAUCAGGAAGAUGAAACUGGGAGGGAGGAUGAGAUGAGGAAAUUGAAACUGGGGGAAAAUAUACAGAAGUCACCAUUAAGCCAGUUACCCCCAGUGACUGCAAUAGCUUUAUCUGGGCCAUAA